GAUCUCCAAGCAUCUACUCAAGUUAGGACAGACAUCAUGGGUUUGACUGUACCAGUGAAGAUCCUUCUUCUGACCUGCCUGGUGUAUUUUGUGAUCUCUUCAGUAGAUGGCAGAAUCUUUAGAGGCUCUAAGAAUCAGUCCAAGAAGAAAGGCAGUGGUUUAAAAGGGAGCAAGAAGAUUCCACAGAAUGUUCCACAGAAUGCUCCGGGUAAGGUUCCACAGAAUGUUCAGCCUUCAGCAAAUCAGGCACCAGCAACAGCAGCACCAGCAGCAGCAGCAGCAGAACCAGCACCAGCAGAACCAGCACCAGCAGAAGCAGCGCCAGCAGAAGCAGCACCAGCAGAUGCGUGAUUGACAGCUGCUUUACUCAAAGUUUCAUUUAGCUGAAGAGUUUCAUGCUUUAAUUGCAGUAAAGAUUAAAAAUGGCAAAUAGAGUUGACAGUUUGUGAAAUGCA